AGGGAGUUCCAAUUUCCAGCCCGAAAUUUUGCGUUUGGAAAUUGGAACCUCUCUAUUGCUGUUGGUAGUUGGUGAGGACUGAGGUGAAGUCUUCUUAAUUCAUGAGAAUCACACUCCACAUUCCACAGAACCAUUUUCAAAGCAAUGACCGAUAGUGGACUCGUUAACCCCUCCUUUCCUUUUUUUUUCCCGCUUCCAAAAUCAUAUCUUUGCCAUCUUUAAUAAUUAAUCAAACAUCAACAGGGACUUGUCGAUCUCAAAAUGGGGCCUUCCAAAAAAAAGGUGGAUAGAAUAUUACUGUUAUGAUGAAAUGGAAAACCCCUCCUCCUAAGUUAUGCUCUCGUAGACAGAUAUUCAUAAAUACCAACUGUUACUUCGCACUACUAUAGCUCUCCAAGUUCCCUCCUUUCUCACUUGUAACGAUUCCGACGUGAGUUUUUCUGCGACCCUUUUUGGCUUUCUUCGUUCGAAACCCUCCACGCCCUUCAAAAUCCCACCUUGGACCAGGUCACUAAUGCUGCUUCAAGGUUUCACAGGAUUUGCAAUGUUUCAAGAUUCCUAAGCAUGUCAAUUUUGAUCCUUUUGUCUUCAGUUUGUCCAUCUAGUGCUGCAUAAAACCACUAUUGCAGUUGUUUCAUUGCUACAUUAACUGCUAUACACAGUUAUCGAGAUAUAAAAAAUGAGCAAAUAUGGUAUGCUGGACAAUGUUUUAAAUGAUAUACUUAAGGCAGUGACACCCUUGCAAGAAGAUUGGGCAGUUCGAUUUGGGAUUAUUAAUGAUCUACGAUUAGUUGCAGAAUCUGUCGAAAGCCUGAGAGGAGCAACCGUGGAGCCAUUUGGGUCGUUCGUGUCUAAUCUCUUUACGCGCUGGGGUGACUUGGAUAUCUCGAUUGAGUUAUCAAAUGGUUCACAUAUUUCAUCUGUUGGGAAAAAACAUAAACAAACAUUAUUGGGGGAUCUUUUAAAGGCUUUGAGAACAAAAGGUGGGUGGAACAACUUGCAGUUCAUAAUCAAUGCACGAGUUCCCAUUUUAAAACUUAAACGCUACCCACCGGGCAUAUCUUGUGAUAUUUCGAUUAAUAACCUGCAGGGCCAAAUGAAAUCCAAGAUACUACUUUGGAUCAACAAAAUAGAUGGCCGCUUCCAUGAUAUGGUUUUACUGGUCAAGGAAUGGGCCAAAGCACAUAAAAUCAAUAACCCAAAAACUGGAACGUUCAAUUCUUAUUCCCUCAGUUUACUUGUAAUCUUUCACUUUCAGACUUGUGUUCCUGCAAUUUUACCACCACUCAAAGAUAUAUACCCUGGCAAUAUGGUCGAUGAUCUUAUAGGUGUUAGAGCUGAUGUGGAGGAUCUUAUUGCAGAAACAUGUGAUACCAAUAUAAACAGAUACAUAUCAGACAAGUCCAGGCCGAAAAACAAAAAAUCAUUGGCUGAACUUUUUGUUGAAUUCCUAAGAAAGUUUGCUCAGAUGGAUUCAUGGGCAUCAAAGAUGGGAAUUUCACCACAUACUGGACAAUGGGAGCAGAUAAAGGACAACACGAGAUGGUUGCCGAAGACUUAUGCGAUAUUUGUUGAGGAUCCUUUUGAGCAGCCACAAAAUACUGCAAGAUCUGUCAGCAGUGGACAUCUACCAAAGAUAGCGAAGGCAUUUCUAGAGACGUAUAGCAUACUCAUCUCAAAGAGUCAGACUCCAAACUCUCUCCUGAUCUACUUGGCACCACCCCAUGUGUCGAGAUACAUUAUGAAACCUGCUAUCCCAAAUUAUGGUGGUGGUUACCUUCACCCACCUCAGCCUCAAUUUCCAAGACCUGUACGGCCACAACCACCCCCACAGCGUCAUCCUCAGCAACCACCACAGCAUCGCAUUCAAAAUGGCAGUGAAGGAUCAAGCUCCAACGGUUCAACUUCAGGUGGCAGUAAAGGAUCAAGUUCAAUAUCGAGAGCACUGCCUAUGCAGGCACAAAAAAGGCAGCAGAUAUGGAGGCCAAGGAUCAUCCAAUAGAUGAGUUGGCAGCCAAAAAUACAGUCUCUAAUUACAUGUUUCAACACUUGCUUUCCGGUAUACAAGUAACUAGUGUCAUGUGAUUUGUUGUGUUAUAAGAUAGAUUAUAGCUAGCUUGAUAUUUUUUGCCCUCAGGGGAUCCAAAAGUGAUAAACAUUAUGAAUGUCACUUAAAACAUUUUUUUGGUGGGGAAUUAUAAUUGACAUUUGAUUGCUGGAUUA